UGUCAAAUUGCACAAUGAUGCGCCAAGCUGCGCCGGCAGUAUUUCGUAAUUUUUAAAGAUUUAUUAACUCAAACGUAAUAAAAAUGCAGCCGAAAUAAUAACGUUUAACUAUUUUGUCCACAAUGAGCAACCUCGGACGCGAUCCUGCGAAGAGGAAGGUUAAGCCAGUGGAACCUCAGUCUCUACUGGAUUUCGAUCUUGGGGAAGGUGAAAGCUCGGACGACUCGGAUUUUCGAAUUGAGGACCAUCCUGAAGACAGCGAUGAUCACUCUAUCAACAGUGACGAUGAUGGAAAAGGUGACAGUGGCAGCUCCGAGGAGUCUGCGUCAGAUGCCGAGGAUGAGUUUAAGGACGACACCAAAAUGGGAGACUCAUCCGUCACUGACUUAUUGGAAAGAGUCAAAAAAGCUGAAUUCAAGAUACCUGGUGACUUAGCCAAUUGGCUGAUCUGUGCUGGCUGUCUUGGCUCGAGGAGUGAUGACUUCAAUGAGAUCGUUGAGUGUGACGGUUGUGGAGUGACUGUCCAUGAAGGCUGUUAUGGCGUCUCGGAUGUCACUAGUGAGUCAAGCACAGUGAGUUCCGCGUCCACCGAGCCGUGGUUCUGUGAGGCAUGCAAAGCGGGGGUCACUGACCCUAGCUGCGAGCUCUGCCCAAAUAAAGGUGGCAUAUUUAAGGAAACAGAAGUUGGAGCAUGGGUUCAUCUUGUGUGUGCUCUUUACGUGCCUGGAGUGGCAUUCUCAGAGGUGGAGAGACUGUCGGGCGUGACGUUAUUCGAGAUGGCGUACUCCCGCUGGGGCGCGCGGUCGUGCGCGCUGUGCGCCGACGCGGCGCUCGCGCGCACCGGCGUGUGCGUCGGCUGCGACGCAGGCCUCUGCAAGACCUUCUUCCACGUCACAUGCGGUCAAAGAGCAGGGCUGUUGGCCGAGGCGCAUUCCGAGGAGGCGGAACAAGCGGACCCAUUCUACGCUCACUGCAAACUGCACUCUGAUAAAACACUCGUCAAGAAGCGGAAGAGGAACUGGCUCGCCCUGCAACUGAGGACCGAAAAGAGGAAAUUCGAGUUACAAAACAACCCGACCCCAGAAGAGAAGGCCAGGAUAAAACGGAAACUUAUCAAAUACAGGAAGAAGUAUUUGCAGCACAAGGAGACACGGAAUCCACCAUGGGUGCCGACACAGAAAAUGGCGCGAAUGUUGUUUAGCAGCGCUUCGGCAAUGAGGAAAUUCCAGAGAAAAGCGGAAUGUAUGGGUGUUGACACGCACGCAUUGGAAUUCCAAGAUGCACAGAUGGCCGCCCUGAAAGACGUGUCCCGCCGCUGGCACGUGCCCCCCGCCUUCUCGGUAGAGUUCGUCGGCUACUAUCUAGAGAGAAACAGUCGUGUGACGUCAUUGAGGCGGUCACUCGAGAGGCUCACAAAGGAAAAUGAGACUUUGCUGGGUGGCGAUGAGAAACUGAGGACCGAUUAUGAUGACGCUUCAAAAGAAAACACCGACGCACUAGCCGAGCUGACAUCAACCAAGCAGGCCCUCCAGAAGAUAUACGAAGCGAUCACUGCCAUCUGCCCCGUCAGAACGCUGCCUUCCAUACUGGAAGAGAAGCCUCUGCUGCCACCAGUCCUGGCGCGGUCUACUCCCAAAGUCACGCCACAGCAGCUGCAACAACGGUCUAUGUCAGUGCCCACCGCGGCUGCUCUUAAGAUGGGCGUUGGUUUUCCUCUUAGCGACAACCCGGACGCUCGCCAAGGAAAAGUCUUGUCCACGUCUCUUGAAGGCGCAUGUGCGGUAUGCGGCCGACGCAGCGAGCGGCACCUCAUGGCCGCGUGCGACACGUGCCGCCAGCACUACCACCUGCACUGUCUCAACCCGCCGCUGCAGCGCCCGCCCAAGAAGACCAAGCUCUACGGCUGGCAAUGCUCGGAGUGCGACAAAACGUCAGAUUCAGAACCAGAAGUACUCGAAAAGAAAGUACCGCGGCGCUCUCGCAUCAGAUACAGCAAGGACGGCGCCAUCAUCACCGACCCACUGAGCCCUGGCUCCGUACCCAACUCGCCACCCGCUAAACACAAGCAGGAAAAAACUCCCAAGGCUGAAAAGGAGAAACUUGUCAAAGUAACCGCCUCAGAAAAUGUAUCGCCUAUCAAAGUAACUAUAAAACCCUUCGAUUUCAUCAGCGACGAUGUCGAAACUGAGUCAAAGAAGAAAGAUAAAAGAAUCAAGAAAAAGAAGGAACAUGGCGCUUCCGGCGGAGAGGAGUCUCUCUCAAAGAAGAUGCACAAACGUGCAUUCACUUCCCCUACAUUGACAAACACGCCUCUCAUGUCGAUAACUCCCAUAGUCGCGGACAGCCCUAACGAUUCCCACAACGAAAACUCAAACGCCUCCGCUACCGCGACCCCAACUAAACGAGAGGACUCUAGCUUCCUGUCGCAUAAUUCGUCAUUCUCCUCUCUUCUCACAGAACCGAAAGAGCGGGACAGCAAAACUAUCGAAAGCUCUAUUGAGAAUACUCUAGCUAACUUAUCUUCGGAUAUAGCUACGUAUAAAGCGAAUAGGAAACGCAGGAAAGAAAAGCAUCGGUCGCGGUAUUCGCCCGAUUUUCUGCGGUCCCCGUCCAAGUCUCAUAAGCACAAGAGGAAGAAGAAAACGCAGGAUAUGGAGAAUCCAGAUAUGCCUCAUCCAAGAAUUACUAUUAAGAUCAAGCCGAUCCCAAAGCCGGAUGGGUCGCUGGACACGCAGAUGUUCUAUGUGCCCACAGACAGCAACGAUGGGCCCCCGCCUGCCGUCGUGAGGAAACAUUCCAAGCAUGCCGAGCAAGAAGUAGUUGCCCAACCUCCGGUCGCGGAGACACCCGAAGCCAUAGCCCCUCCGAAAAAGGAACUCGAUCAGAAUCAGAUUGAGCCCGAAAAGUCAAUGCCUCAAGUAGUGCUUGAGCAAGUUAAACCUGCGCAGAAGGUGGCGCGCUUGGCCCGGGCCCGGGCGGAGGCGGGCGGCGCGGCGUCGGCGGCCGCGCCGUUGUCGCCCAUGACGCACUGCGACGUGUGCCAGCAGCCCGGCGGGCCCGCCAACCUCGUCCGGUGUGACGAAUGUAACAAGAGGUACCAUUUCACAUGCCUCGAGCCGCCGCUGAACAAGAACCCUAAGAAACGAGGCUACUCGUGGCACUGCGCCGAUUGCGAUCCUACUGAUGUAGAAGAAAACAACUAACGGUUGUCAAAUUUUUUUUGUGCGAAUCAGGAACAAGUCAUAAUGGAAGAAAAUUAAUCAAUUCUGUGUUUUCCUUAAAGUUAUUUGUAAUUUUAUCUAUGGUUUUGACAUUUUAUGUGAUAUAAGAGUAAAUAUAUUUAUUAAGACCGUAUUUUAAGUAUCGACGUGUAAUGCAUUAGAAUUAAGGUUAAUGUCAAACUUUAAAAUAAAAACUUAACUA